UUGGGCUUUCAUGUUAGACUGUGUCUGCUGUUCGAAGCUUUGCCUUUUUCCGUUAUGUUUUUAUAGAAAGGCAGUGAAAGCUGUAGAUAUCGCACAGUUUCCAAUUUACAUUGUAAAAACAAUAUAGAAACUGAGAAUUGAACCAAACAUAUUCGUGUUGACAGAUCUGUAUACGAAAACGAUGUCGAUGAGGCAGAAUGGAAACACUGCGUCUUGUAAGAAGUGUCAUUCCGUCUCAGAGGAACGUAAUUUUUGCUCCCUAACGAGAUCAUGACCAUCUUCCAGCCGCGUAACCAUUACAAUACAAACAUUUUGUUUUGCAUUAAUCGCUUUUGAUUGCAUUUUUCCUAUGCUUCGCUUUUAUUUUCUUACUCCAUAUACCUAUGCAACACGUUGCUGGCAAACAGGACUGUACAACAGCAUCUUGUUUUCCUCAUGGGAUAAAGUUCCUCUAUCAUCCAUGCGCCAUCCCUCCUGUGUUGCCUCCUCUCUUCAAGGGAAUCUCUUCUCCAGCUCAUCGGGGAUUCUGCUGAUUCCACCGUCUGCCGUUUACAACACUCAAAAAACAAAAUUAAAGACAUGAGAAGAUUUGUCUACUGCAAAGUGGUGUUGGCCACAUCUUUAGUCUGGGUCCUUGUAGAUGUGUUCUUGCUACUGUACUUCAGUGAGUGUAACAAGUGUGAUGACAGGAAAGACAGAUUACUUCUUCCUGCCUUGAGAGCUGUCAUAUCAAGAACACACGAGGGCCCUGGAGAAAUGGGAAAACCAGUUGUUAUACCCAAGGAGGACCAAGAAAAAAUGAAGGAGCUUUUUAAAAUCAACCAGUUUAACCUCAUGGCCAGCGAUAUGAUUGCACUCAAUAGAAGUCUACCAGAUGUGAGGUUGGAAGGCUGCAAGACAAAGGUAUAUCCUGAUGACUUGCCCAACACAAGUGUUGUCAUAGUGUUUCACAAUGAGGCCUGGAGCACCCUCCUUCGAACAGUCCACAGUGUGAUAAGCAGAUCUCCACGACAUUUACUGUUAGAGAUCCUGCUGGUGGAUGAUGCUAGUGAAAGAGAUUUCUUAAAGGAGCGAUUAGAAAGUUAUGUGCACGGUUUGGAAGUGCCUGUAAGAAUUUUGAGAAUGGAGCAGAGGUCAGGGCUUAUUCGCGCCAGACUCCGAGGGGCGGCAGCCACAAGAGGUCAGGUCAUAACUUUCCUGGAUGCCCACUGCGAGUGUACAGUGGGCUGGCUGGAACCACUGUUGGCGAGAAUUAAGGAAGACAGGAAAACAGUAGUUUGUCCCAUCAUUGAUGUCAUUAGUGAUGACACAUUUGAAUACAUGGCUGGAUCUGAUAUGACGUACGGUGGUUUCAAUUGGAAGCUGAAUUUUCGAUGGUACCCUGUUCCACAGAGAGAAAUGGACAGACGAAAAGGAGACAGAACUUUACCAGUCAGGACCCCUACAAUGGCUGGUGGGCUAUUCUCAAUUGACAGAGAUUAUUUUGAAGAAAUUGGAACAUACGAUCCGGGAAUGGAUAUUUGGGGUGGAGAGAACUUAGAAAUGUCUUUCAGGAUUUGGCAGUGUGGAGGAUCUUUGGAAAUUGUUACUUGUUCACAUGUGGGACAUGUAUUCCGCAAAGCAACCCCAUACAGUUUCCCUGGAGGCACUGGCCAAGUCAUCAACAAAAACAACAGAAGGCUUGCGGAAGUCUGGAUGGAUGAAUUUAAAGAUUUUUUCUACAUCAUAUCACCAGGUGUAGUCAAGGUGGAAUAUGGAGAUGUGUCCCCUCGCAAGGCAUUAAGAGAAGCCCUGAAGUGUAAACCUUUUUUGUGGUAUCUCGAAAACGUGUAUCCAGACUCGCAGAUCCCAAGAAGAUACCACUCACUUGGUGAAAUCAGGAAUGUUGAAACUAACCAGUGCUUGGACAACAUGGGAAGAAAGGAAAAUGAAAAAGUAGGCUUUUUUAACUGCCAUGGAAUGGGUGGAAAUCAGGUCUUUUCUUAUACUUCUGACAAGGAGAUCAGGACAGAUGAUCUGUGUCUGGACGUAUCUAGGCUUAACGGCCCAGUUGUAAUGCUGAAAUGCCAUCACAUGAGAGGAAACCAGCUGUUUGAGUAUGAUGCUGAGAAGAUGACACUCCGGCAUGUGAACAGCAACCAGUGUCUCGACAUGCCAUCGGAGGAGGACAAAAUGGUUCCCACCUUGAAGGACUGCAAUGGCAGCCGAUCCCAACAGUGGCUGCUGAGGAACAUGACCCUGAGUGCUUGAGGCCAAUGAGCACUCGACACAGACUGGCAGUAUCCCCAGGGUUCUCACCAUUUCAUAUCUAGGUUCUUUUAAUGUGGAUGAAGCAAUGUCACUAACACUGCCUGGCUCCUUUAGUACUGUAUGUGCAGAAUCUGGUGGACUUGUGGACCAUGGCUUUUCUUAGUCACAGCCUUGACACUGGAAGCGUACUCAACAUGAAGCACUGUAAGAUGCCGCAAGAGACACUGAAUGCAAUUAGCCAUGAACAUUUUGUGGUGCAAACAGACCAGAGAAGGGUUUAGCCAUUCAGGUUCAUUACAAAACUGUUAAAUUAUAUCAAGGGACAUUAAAGAUCAUUCAAGAUGUUUCUGUCAUACUCCUGAAAUUGGACUUGGCAGAGUAAAGAAAUGUAUCCUUCAUAAGUAGUAAACAUUGAAAACAGUCACCGAUAUCUGUGUACAGAUGCCAUGUUAUUGGAUAGACUUAAAUCAAAUUAACACUCAGGGGAUUUAGGGUAUGUUUUGAGACUGUGCCCUAUAAAAGUUCUUGGUAAUGCCAAAUUCACUAGGAGUAUUAAUUCCAAUAAAGCGGCCAGACAGAGUACAUUAACCUUUUUAUCAAACACAGUUGGAGAUAAAUGGCAUAAUUUGGCAGCUGUAAUGAAACUGCAUAUACUGUUCACUUUUUUUUUUGCCAUUUUUUCUGGACUUGAGUCCAACAGUUUGUGAAUGCCUGUCAGAUCUUUGAAAAAAAAUGAGGUAAAUGCUUUUACAGAUUGUGCAAGAGGGGAGAUUCUGGGAACUUCUCUGUAUUUUCAAGACUUGUCACUGUAUAUAUCAAGAGGUAUAAUGAGGAUUUUUUUUCAUAGCAUAAAAGAAGAGAAAACGAAGAUGAUGGUGAUUAGUGCUACUGUAUUUCAACCUUUGUGUUCACAAUGACUGUGACUUGUGUUUUGCUCUUUUCCGUUAGCUAAGCUAAUUGGUUAAAGUGAGCAUGAGCAAUUACAGAUCAGUUUUAACUUAAUUCUUAUGAGAGAUGAAAACCAGGCGCUACAGGAUCUGCAUUGUAUAUACUAUAAUAAUAAAACAUUUUAUUAAUAUGUAAUAUUUUAAAGGAUUAAUAAAUGCAUAAAACAAAAUGGGGAAAAAGAAAGACUAGUAGUGCCUAGUAGAUGCGGUGUCAAUGGGAGUUUAUUUUUGGUACAAACUUUUAAUUAUACUCUAAUAGCAAAAUAUAUCAAUGCAUUAGAACAUGUGUAAUAGUCAUUGCAUUUUUAUCAUUUUUUUACAUGGACCAAAUUAUUAGUAAAAAAAUAUCAAUUGUAAAACAAUUGUUUAGGACUCCAAAGCCUUUUUCCCAGUUAGAAAGGGUUAAUCAUGUGAGGAGUCAUGUCUCGCCUAGAAUUUGUGUUGUUGUCAAAUAUACUUUCUUAACUGUUUGUAUAAUAUUUGUGUUUUGGGUAUUUCAUUUUCUUUUUGGUUAUUUUCAUAUUCUUUUCAUAUAAUGUGCUCUGAAUAAUUGACAAAAGCUAAAGAAGGCAAAAGCAGAGUGGGGGGGUACUAAGAAACAGAAGACCUAGUGGAAGAUUAGUUCAGAUGUUAGUGGUCCAUUCUUUGGAAAUGUAUUUACUGGUGUCUCUUUCUAUCGUACUGCAAUGUGGCUGAGAAAAAUUAAAAUGGAGUAGGAAAAAGGUUAUGGAUUAUUUAAUUUCAGAACUGCUCAUCUCAUUGUUUGUUUGAACUAACAUCAUACUGUGUGUUCCAGUGCUCAGUUGCAUGGUUUUUUUUCUGUAAAAUAGAGUUGUUAAAGUUGUUGCUUUAAAUCAUAUGGAAUUGUGUAGAACAUCAGCUUGAGAAUGCGCAACCCUUCCCUUUUACAGCAAGCCAAAAAAGGAGCUUCUUUGUGUUUUUGGAAGCUUGAAAGGAAACAGUCAGCCUGACAGCACAAGUCAAAAGAUGAUGUUCUCGAAGGGGAACAGCCACUGGAUGUUGCAGAGUUAGACUGAACAGUAAAUACAAUUUUGUCUUGAAAUAAAAAAGAAACAAAUUAAAAAUGAUUUGAAAUUUUUCAGGUGAUACAUAAUCCAGAGAAAGUUUACAUAGCCUGUUCCAAUAAGCAACCUCAAAAACCUGUACUAUCAAGGCUAAACUCUUUUUCUUCGGUCUACUAUUAAAUACGGAGGACUGUAAAUUUACCACUCUCGGCAAGGUUCAACAACAGUAGUUUUGUAUCACUGUUUAAAUGCAUUUAUAUGAACUCGCUCUAGGUUUUAGUAGUUCUGUACAUAUCUUGUUCAAACCAAUGAAAUGUUAACCAUUCACAUUUAUAGAAAUAUUUUAGCUUACAUUUUUUUGAAGAAUUGCAGUCUAAUAUUCUCACACAAAACACUUUACAUUGUAAAUAAUUGUCUAUGAUCAGAUAAUGUAUGUAUACUGUAUACAAAACAAAAUAUUUUUUUAAGAAAUAUUAAUGGGAUAAAGCCCUAUUUAAAAUGCAGGUAAGAAAGUUAACUCACUUGUAAGUAUGCUCUGCAAUUAUUUUACAUGUUAUUAUUCACCAAUAGUGGAGGAAAUGCCAUGUUAUGUUUAAAAAUAUUUAGUAUGUAUAAAUAAUUGACCUAUAGUUUUUCUCAAGUUUCAUCCAAAAUCAGCAGAAAAUUUGCAAGCCAGAAAAAAAAAAUGUAAUCUCCAAGAUAUUUGUAAGUAGGUCUCUGAUAGAAAACGUUUUCUUUUUACAAAGCAACUUGUGUAAAAUUGUUGCUGUGCUGAAGUUUUAUUCACUCUAAUCUUGAAUACUCAAAACUUGCCAUUGAAAACUUUUCAGUGAUUUUAUUUUAUAUUCUCAGUUCUCUGUACAUAUCAGGUAUACACCAUUAAGAUGGCUAGUACUGUAAAGUUGGGCUUUUCUAAAGGUCCUCUGAUGCUGCUAUUUUCAGUGCAUGGUUCAGAGUUAAAAAGAUGUUUCUGUUCAAAGGAUUCUAAAAAAAACUGUUGUACCAGUCUUCAAGUGAUGUCAAUUGCCAUUGCUGUAUAAUUAAAAAUUUGUACAUUUUUGACUUAUUAAACUUUACAACUUUA